AUGGCUGCACAGCUCCCAAUUCCAAUAUACUCGUCUCUCGAAGAUGCUUUCGGAGGCCUGCGAACGGCAUCGGGGCAGAGUGUGCGAUGGGCUAAUCUUGCACAAGAGUUCAAGAGUCGAUUUGGGAGGGAACCAGCAUACAUAGCUAGAGCACCUGGUCGAGUGAACUUAAUUGGAGAUCAUAUUGACUACGUUUUAUUUGGCGUCCUCCCCGCCGCCGUCGAGCAUGAUAUCCUCAUCGCCUGUGGACCGUCUAUGUCUCCUGUGAGCUCUAACUCUGGCAGCGUGGCGGCACACAACCUCGACCCCCGAUAUGUACCUCAAACGUUUGCUCCUAUGCUCAAGAGUGCGCCUCUGCCGACUGCAUCCGAAGAGAGGGAUGCUGAGAAUACGGUCCACGCGGAAAGCUGGCACAUGGACAUCGAUACCAAAGAGCUCAGAUGGGAAAGUUACGUGAAGGCAGGAUAUUAUGGUGUCUUGAAUCAUUUCUUUCCUGCCGCUGCUGGUUCUACUACCACAGGUCCGCACCCAGUUCCGGUUGAUCUGUUGGUCACCGGAUGUGUACCAGCAGGAUCUGGUCUUUCAUCGAGCGCAGCUAUGGUAGUAGCUUCCACGCUGGCCUUCCUCGCCGUGAAUAACAAAGUGGUUGGCCUCACAAAGGGCGAGCUGGUCGAAAUGGCGAUGGAGAAUGAGAAGCGCGUGGGCGUGAAUAGCGGAGGCAUGGACCAAGCGGCGUCCGUGAUCUGCACGCCAGAUACAGCUCUAUAUAUCACGUUUUUUCCUUCUUUAUCCGCACAGCCAACUCCUCUGCCCACUUCGCGCACAGUACCUCGGGCAGUAUUCGUGUGCGCAAACUCACUGGUCGUGAGCGACAAAGUUGUUGGGGCUAAGACCCGUUAUAAUCUCCGCGUUGUUGAAACACUCGUCGGGGCACGGGUACUCGCGCACCAUAUUGGCGUUGUUCUCGCUCCCACAGAACGCCCCACUCUACGUGAAGUUCUUGGCCGUUGGCUUGGUUUCUAUGAGGCGAAGAAUGUGCCGAGCGACCUGGAUACGGAUAUGCUGAGAGAGGGAGUGCAGAAGAUAUUGCCAUACGUGGAGAAGCUGAGACCCACUCGAGACGAUGGGGAAUUGGGUGUGACGAUGGAAGAAAUGAUUGAAUGGAGUGGAAUGCCGGAGGCUGAGUUCAGGCAGGUAUAUCUUUCGUGGGUGGAUGUUGAAGCGACACAUUUCCAGCUGUACAAGCGGACGAAACACGUAUUCGAGGAAGCGCUGCGCGUACUUCGAUUCCGGGAUGUUUGUUUCUCGUCUGAAGCGGCCAUCUUGCCUAGGGAUACGCUUAUAGACCUUGGCGCACUCAUGAACGAGUCACACCAGAGCAGCAUUGAGUUGUGCGAGAAUUCUUGUCCGGAGGUGGAUGAACUUGUGCGGCUCGCCCGAGAAGCGGGGGCGUUUGGCAGCAGGGUCACAGGUGCUGGAUGGGGUGGAUGUACGGUGUCUCUUGUCGCCGAAGAUAUGGUAGACGAGUUCAUCCGAUCGAUGAAGUCAACAUACCCGCCCUACAAGUACUUAGGAGACGACGAGCUGCGUGAGGUCAUCUUCGCCACUAAACCCAGUAGCGGCGCAUUUGUGCUGAAGCUGUGA